UGUGGCGGUUUUUAUUCCUCUUCGCGUCCUCCGGUCAAAUUGUUCCGGUUACAACACGAGACUGUCGCCGAGCCUCGUUCAGAAUGUGUCACAGUGAAGGACGUGUUCGUCUCCUGCAGGGGGACACACGUCCCGAGACGUCCCGUUCCACCACCUCACGCUUCUACAGAGGGAACCGACGAGUUCGGCAAACGUGUCGAACUUCGACGACUAAUCGAUUAGUCGGUCGACAACAAAUGAGCUGACAACUAUUGAUCAUUUCAUCCUAAUUUGGCGUGUGGCGACGUCGAAGGUCGACUGAACGCUCUGUUCAACCGAGUCCAGACAAUCCAGAAGAAAACGGGACAGUUCGACCUGUUGUUGUGCGUCGGAGAGUUUUUCGGAACGACACCGGAGGCCGAGGCCGAGUGGCAGCUCUACAAGACUGGAGCCAAGAAAGUUCCGAUCCACACCUACAUCCUGGGAGCCGCGAGCCAGGAGAUGGCGAAGAACUUCCCCAGCGCGGACGGAUGUGAGCUCGCCGACAACAUCACGUAUCUCGGUCGGCGCGGCGUGUUCACGGGCGUCUCCGGGCUGCAGAUAGCCUACGUCAGCGGGCGUGAGGCGCCGCAGGAACCGGCCCCAGCUCACUGCUUUACCGCCAAAGACCUGUCGGCGCUUGUGUCGCCGCUGACCGCCAGCUCCAAGUUCCGAGGGGUCGACAUCCUGCUGACGUCGCAGUGGCCCCGCGGCGUGUGGCACUAUGCCAACAACCCGGAAGUGAACACAAAGUUCUGUGGAAGUGGCUCCGUCGCAAACCUGGCGGACAAGCUGAAGCCGCGGUACCACUUUGCCGCACUGGAGGGCGCUCACUACGAAAGACUCCCGUACAGAAAUCACGUCGUUCUCCAGGAAAAUGCUCAGCACGUCAGCCGCUUCAUCGCCCUGGCAACCGUCAACAACCCCGCCAAAAAGAAAUAUCUUUACGCCUUCAACAUCGUCCCCAUGAAGACCAUGGAUCCUUCGGAGCUGGUGAAGCAGCCACAGGACGUGACGGAGAACCCGUACAGACGCCCGGCGAAAGACAAGACGGAGGUGUUGAAGACGGGCUUCGGCGCCGCCGCCGAGGAGGAGGAGCCGGCAGCCCAGUUCUUCUUCGACCUGAGCACUAAGCAGGGCGGCGGUUUCCGGGGCCGCGGCAGGAAAAGACAUCCGGACGGCGAGGGACGAGGGCGAGGGCGAGACCCGCAGCAAGACGGAGACGGGCAACAUCACGAACACGCCAAACAGCCGCGACGGCACCCUCAGCCCACCGGUCCGUGCUGGUUCUGUCUGGCGAGUCCUCAGGUGGAGAAACACCUCGUCAUCAGCAUCGGAACACACUGUUACUUGGCUUUAGCCAAAGGCGGCCUGACGCCGCACCACGUGCUGAUCCUGCCCAUCGGUCACUACCAGUCGGUGGUGGAGCUGAGCUCCGAGGUGGUGGAAGAGAUGGAGAAGUACAAGUCGGCCCUGACGAGCUUCUACAAGAGCAAAGGGGAGCGAUGUGUCGUGUUCGAGAGGAACUACCGCAGCCAGCACCUGCAGCUGCAGGUCGUCCCGGUGCCGCUGGACCGCUGCACCACCGACGACAUCAAGGAGGCGUUCACGGUCCAGGCUCAGGAGCAGCAGAUCGAGCUCAUGGAGAUCCCUCAACACACGGAGCUCAAACAGAUUGCUCCUCCUGGGACACCGUACUUCUACGUGGAGUUGGACUCGGGCGAGAAACUCUUCCAUCGCAUCAGGAAACAUUUUCCUCUGCAGUUUGGACGGGAGGUUCUGGCGAGCGAGGCGCUGCUGAACAUCCCGACCCGGGCCGACUGGAAGGAGUGCAAACAGAGUCGAGAGGAGGAGGAGCAGAGCUGCAAGGAGCUGAGGGACGACUUCCAGCCGUACGACUUUGCCUGGGAAGACUAACACACACACACAAACAUGGACGUUCAAGCAAACAAACACCACCACAGCCGGGAUCAUUCAGAUCAAGUCAGAUCUUCAGAUGGAUAACACCUCCGUAGGCAGCCGCUUAGCUUAGCAUAAAGACAGAACAGACAGAAGCAGCACCUUUAAAAGGUCAUAUCAGGUUUGUUUAAUAAUUUGAUCUCUGGUCGUGUCGGUCGUCCAAAGCCACAUUGGCCAUUUCCAGUCUUCGUGCUAAGCUAAGCUAACCAGCUGCUAACUCCAGGCAGGAAAGUGGUAUUUGACGUUGUCCUUUUCUAAUUUUCCACAAUGUCAAACGGUUUCUUUAAAAUUUGUUUUUGUUUUUUUAUACCAGUGUUUUCUUUUUAAUAACAUUUGUCAGUUGUUGCCGGGGCCGCGACGAAGGAACCGAAACAGUUUUACGAGUAGGAUCAUGAAAACCUUUGUUUUUAAGUUUCUUGGGAUUCUACAAAGUGUUUCUGUUUGUUUAUAAAAGUGAAUAGAAAAGUUUGCAGUUUUAUAACUGAAUCGGAAAAAGGCGGGAAGACAAACGAAAACUCGUAGGUGCUGAAAGAACUCGUUCCCAUAAAGACUCAAACAUUUUUAAAUAAAUACAACACUGUAAAAAAACAAAGCAAACUUUUCUAUGACGACUUCAGAGGCUCUUUUUGUUUUAAACGUCAUCUUCUGGGGAGCAACUUGUUUUUAAAUCUAUUUCUUGUAUUUUGUAAAUGAGCUACAAUUAAAACUCUUAUUUUGGG